UCAUUGGCCGGCAUUCGUACAGGUUGGAUCGCGACUCCGUUCCUCAUCAGUCAUCUCUCGAUUGAUCCCCGUCCAAAUUUUCCCACCGACGCUAGAAACCGUCAGAAACGGCGAGAAGCGAGAAAAAUCGCAGGUGCUCCUGUUCUUCCUUCAUCACUGUAUCACCAGAUUUCGACAGUCCUCGUGAAGUUCUCGGGCCAAUCACACCGCAGAAAAAUGUCGCAACAACAAUAUUAUCCUUUUAAGUGCACUCCCACUGUGUACCCUGCCGAGCCGUUUGAUGCAAAUGCAGAUGCUGCUAUUUUGCGCAAAGCAAUGAAAGGUUUCGGUACAGAUGAGAAGGCGAUCAUCGACGUGCUUACGAGAAGAGGCAUCGUGCAAAGGCUGGAGAUUGCGGAAUCUUUCAAGACUCUAUACGGAAAAGAUCUAAUUAGUGACUUGAAGAGUGAAUUAACUGGAAAGCUGGAAGAUGUCAUUGUUGCUCUUAUGACUCCACUGCCACAUUAUUAUGCGAAGGAGCUACACGAUGCAGUGAGUGGUAUGGGCACUGACGAGGAAGCAAUUGUUGAGAUGAUGUGCACUCUCAGCAACUAUGGCAUUCGCACAAUUGCUGCAUUUUAUGAGAAUUUGUAUGGAAGAACACUGGAGAGCGAUCUGAAGGGUGACACGUCCGGUCAUUUCAAGAGAUUACUAGUAUCUCUUGUGCAAGCAAACAGAGACGAGAACCAGGGAAUCGACCAUGCCCAAGCAAACGCUGAUGCCCAAGCGUUAUACGAAGCUGGUGAGAAGCAAUGGGGUACGGACGAGUCUCAGUUCAACGCGAUUUUAGUAUCACGCAGUUACCAACAAUUACGACAGACAUUUAUCGAGUAUGAGAAACUGUCAGGGCAUGACAUAGAGGUUGCCAUAAAGAAGGAAUUUUCAGGCAGCAUCGAGAAGGGUCUCCUCGGAAUAGUGAAAUGCGUCAAGUCGAAAGUUGGAUUCUUCGCUGAACGUCUUUAUGCCAGUAUGCAUGGUAUAGGCACAAAAGAUCGCACUCUGAUUCGUAUCAUCGUGUCUCGAAGCGAAAUCGACUUGGGAGACAUUAAGAAGGCAUUCGAGGAACGCUAUGGAAAAUCACUGGAGAGUUGGAUAGCCGGAGACACCUCUGGUGACUACAAGAAGGCACUUCUUUCUCUUGUUUCCACGUAACUUUGGCGAAGCAAUUAAAACUCCGGGGAUACAUACUUGUUUCUGCAAUCAUAUUGACGCAUAAUAAUCGUAUCUACAAAAAGCAAGAGCUACUUAUGUAUAUCGAGUAUGUAUGCCUACACGCGGACUCAAGCUUAAUUGCUUACUGUACUAAUGAAAAGGUAGAAAGUACUUUAUUCUAUUUUUGAAUGUUACUUUUUUAAUAUUUUUUUGAAAUCUUUACUUUGUCAUGUAGAUCAGUUAAAAAGGAUAUAAACAUACCAUGUUCCGAUCUUGUUUACAAAACAUGUUUAACCCUGCUGUUUUGUUAGAGUUUUCCUUGUACAUACUCGUAUUAUGUUUUGAAGUUGACGCAGCGAUAACUUUUUAUCAUAAUUUUAAUCGAAUAUAUUUGUCUGUGUAUUGUAUAAAAAAAUAUUUUUUAAAAACAAAAGACUAAAAUAUCAGAAGCGACAAUUUCACUAUUAUAUUUUUAAUACAAGAAUAGAUGACGAAUAAAUCCAGACAAAAACAGCAGAGUUAAUUAAAUUAUAUUUUAUAUAUUUCUACUUCUGUUACGAUAUAUAUAUAUUGAAAGAUUUAUACAAAGAAUUUCGUACAUAUAGUACACAUAAAAGCAUUGAGAAAUCGAUGGAAAUAAAAUUGCAGGAAACGA